AUGGCAGACGUCAAGACCAUCGUGGUCCUCGGUGCUGGCCCUGCCGCCCUUCCCGUGAUCCGUCAAACAAUGGUCAACCAAGUCAUGAAGCGCAAAGAUCUCAAGAUGGUCGUCGUUUCACCCAAUACUCACUUCCACUGGCCUGUCGCCAUGCCUCGUGUCGUUGUCCCCGGCCAAAUCUCAGACGACAAGGUUAUCAUCCCCUUGGAGCCUACCUUCAGCACUUAUCCUACCGACAAGUUUGAGUGGAUUCAGGGCAAAGCUAUUUCUCUUGAUACCACUUCCAACCUCGUCAGUGUUGAGCUUAACAGCAGCGCUACUGUUCGUGAAGUCAACUACCACACUCUGAUUAUUGCUACUGGCUCGAGAACGAGGGAUGGCCUGAUCUGGAAGGAUAUCGGAUCUACUGAGGCUACCAAGGCCAAGUUGCAUGAGAUUCAAGAUCAGAUCAGCAAGGCCAAGACUAUUGUUGUUUCUGGUGGUGGUCUCACCGGCUCCGAGACUGCCGGUGAACUCGGCUUCGAGUACUCUCAGCACGGAACCAAGGAGGUCAUCUUCAUCUACUCUGACGAUCUCCCUCUUGCGCCACCCGCGACAGAUGGAGUUCGCAAACAGACUCUCAAGGAGCUCCAGAAGCUCAAGGUCAAGACAAUGCCAAAGACAACUGUCAUCAGCGCAACACCUUCUGGAUCAGAUACCAUCCUCGAGGUGCGCUCUGCCGACGGAACGACCAAGAAGAUCACCGCAAAUGCCUAUCUCCCUGCUACUGGCACCAUCCCCAACACCGAGUUCGUUCCCAAGAACCUUCUCGACAGCAAAGGCUACGUCAAGCAGACAACCCAUCUCAAGGCUGCGGGCCAAAAGAACAUCUUCGUCAUCGGUGACGCUGGCAACCUUGAGAACUCACAGAUCGGCAUGGCAGACAAACAGGCACAGCAUCUUUUCAAGAAUCUACCCGCUCAUCUAGAUGGCGGCGAAAUUCCCGAGUAUACUCCUGCCGCUAAGCCGAUGUUUGCUGUGACACUUGGCCGAAGCCGAGCUACUGGCCAGAUGGGAACCAUGAAGCUGUUUAGCAUCAUGAUCUGGUGGGUCAAGGGACGAUAUCUGGGUACUGAUUAUGCUGAUGGUUGGGCGGCUGGCAAGAGGACUAUGAUGACGGUUUUUGAGAAGUAG